AUGCAAUCUUCCUCUUCCAGCUCAAUGAAGGUGUCACCGUUCGAUCUAAUGUCAGCCAUAAUUAGAGGAAAGGCGGACCCGUCCAACACGUCGGAGUCGGUGGGAGAGGUGGCGACGAUCCUGAUGGAGAAUAGGGAGUUCGUGAUGAUCCUCACCACUUCCAUCGCGGUAUUGAUCGGGUGCGUCGUGGUGCUGGUAUGGCGGAGAUCCAGCUCCCAGAAGCCUAAGAUUCUCGAGCCUCCUAAGCCUUUGAUUGUCAAGCCGGCCGAGGUUGAAGUCGACGACGGCAAAAAGAAGGUCACCAUCUUCUUCGGCACUCAGACCGGCACAGCAGAAGGCUUCGCCAAGGCGUUGGCUGAGGAGGCACGCGCGCGGUAUGAAAAGACAACGUUUAAAGUUGUUGAUUUGGAUGACUAUGCGGCGGAUGAUGAAGAAUAUCAGGAGAAAUUGAAGAAAGAGAAUUUGGCUUUCUUUUUCUUAGCCACAUAUGGAGAUGGUGAGCCGACCGAUAAUGCAGCUAGGUUCUAUAAAUGGUUUACUGAGGGGAAGGAGAACGGAGAUUGGCUUAAAAACAUGAAAUAUGGCGUUUUUGGCCUCGGCAACAGGCAAUAUGAGCAUUUUAAUAAGGUUGCCAAGGUGGUGGAUGAGAUCAUUGCUGAGCUAGGUGGGCAGCGGCUUGUCCCUGUAGGCCUAGGGGAUGAUGAUCAAUGCAUUGAAGAUGACUUCACUGCAUGGAGAGAAUUGGUGUGGCCGGAGUUGGAUAAAUUGCUUAGGGAUGAGGAUGAUGUGACGGCUGUUUCUACACCUUAUACUGCAGCUGUUUUGGAAUACCGGGUUGUCUUUUAUGACCCUGAAGAUGCAAAGGUAGAGGACAGGAGCUGGAGCAGUGCAAAUGGUCAUGCUGUGCAUGAUGCUCAACAUCCAUGCAGGGCUAAUGUGGCUGUGAGAAAGGAGCUUCAUACUCCAGAGUCAGAUCGUUCUUGCACCCAUUUGGAGUUUGACAUUGCUGGAACCGGACUUACAUAUGAGACAGGGGAUCAUGUUGGUGUUUACUGUGAAAAUCUAAGUGAAACCGUGGAGGAAGCACUGCAGCUAUUAAGUUUGUCACCAGACACUUACUUCUCCAUCCAUACUGAUAAAGACGAUGGCACACCACUUAGUGGAAGCUCGUUGCCUCCUCCUUUCCCUCCUUGCACAUUAAGAACAGCACUUACUCAAUAUGCUGAUCUUUUGAGUUCGCCUAAGAAGUCCGCGUUACUAGCAUUGGCAGCUCAUGCUUCUGAUCCAGCUGAAGCUGAUAGAUUAAGGCAUCUUGCAUCACCGGCUGGAAAGGAUGAAUAUGCACAAUGGAUAGUUGCAAACCAGAGAAGCCUUCUUGAGGUCAUGGCUGAAUUCCCAUCUGUCAAACCCCCACUUGGUGUCUUCUUUGCUGCAGUUGCGCCACGCCUGCAGCCCAGAUACUAUUCAAUCUCAUCAUCCCCAAGGAUGGCACCAUCAAGAAUUCAUGUUACUUGUGCCCUUGUUUAUGAUAAAAUGCCAACAGGUCGGAUUCACAAAGGAGUGUGUUCAACUUGGAUGAAGAAUGCUGUGUCUAUGGAAGAAAGUGAUGAAUGCAGUUGGGCACCCAUUUUUGUUAGGCAAUCCAACUUCAAACUUCCCGCAGAUACUAAAGUGCCAGUUAUCAUGAUUGGCCCUGGCACUGGAUUAGCUCCAUUCAGGGGUUUCCUACAGGAAAGAUUUGCCCUAAAAGAAGCUGGGGCCGAACUUGGUCCUUCUACAUUAUUUUUUGGGUGCAGGAACCGUAAAAUGGAUUACAUUUAUGAAGAUGAGCUCAGUAACUUUGUUGAAAAUGGUGCACUUUCUGAGCUGAUUGUCGCCUUCUCUCGUGAAGGACCCACCAAAGAAUACGUGCAACAUAAGAUGAUGGAGAAGGCUGCAGAUAUCUGGAACAUGCUUUCUCAGGGUGGUUAUAUUUAUGUCUGUGGUGAUGCCAAAGGCAUGGCAAGAGAUGUCCACAGAACUCUGCACACUAUUGUGCAAGAGCAGGGAUCUUUAGAUAGCUCCAAGGCAGAGAGCAUGGUGAAAAAUCUACAGAUGAGCGGCCGGUAUUUGCGUGAUGUGUGGUAACAUAUUCUUACAUUUACAGUUUUUUGAAGAGGAAGAAAAUAUAAAUAUGAAAGGAGAAUUUGCCUUAAAAAUAUAAACACACCAUGACUGGGAGGCUACUAGCAUACCGGCUCCUUCCCUCCACACCCCACCUACAACAAAUGACAGAUUGUUGUUGUCAUUUUGGCGCGGUUCUGUGAUUCUUUCGAAAGUACUCUUACCUUUAUUUGUAAGGAUUUUUUUGUUCGUGUAUUUAUCUACCUUGUACAAUAAUAUGAUGAUUAGUUGAUAGUUUUUAUGAACUUAUAUAAUUUUCCUUUGUAUUAAAUUGAGCCUACAAAAGAGGUUUCGGAUGAUAUGACAAUCCAGCGACAUUGUUCGGCAUAGCUGCAUGUCAUAAGAUAAUGGAAAGUUUGCUAUCUGAAACACCCCCACCCCCUGCUGCUGUCGUUUUCCUACUA